UUGAUACGGUUGUCCUGUUUUUGCACUUCAUUAUACAGAAACAUACAAGCAGUGGUUGAAAUGCGCCGGUGCUCGCGUGUAGAGUACAUCAAAUUGGCACCUCAUAUUUUUUACUACUUGAGUACCGUCAUUUUUUUUUAUAGAAUACUGGCUCUAAAAUAGGAACCAACCCUGGUGGGGUAGAAUCACAAUGUAAAUGGAGACGCACAAGUGUCAAGAAGAAAAACAGGACAUCUGCACGGUUUCAAACCGGAUUUUCAUUAAAAGGCAAACAACGACAUCCCAUCACUUUCCUCUAAAACAAUCCAUUACUGACAAUUAAUGUCAAGCAGCACAUCAGUGCAGCAUUAUGCUGCCUUGCUGGAAGGAACACUGCUAAUGGAAAGAAAGCCUUUUAAGAUUCAAUACAUUAAAUACAUAUAAAUGCACCAGAAUGCCUUCAAAAGUCUCAUGCUUGUACGUGUUGACGGUCGUUUGCUGGGCAAGUGCUCUUUGGUACUUGGGUAUAUCCCGGCCGACAUCCUCCUAUGUCAGUGGGCAGAUGUCUUUGCCGAUCCGGAAGACUGUGAAAACCCUUAAGAACACUACGUUCAGCAACAUCCGGACGCGAACGCUGAACCCACACGCCUUCGACUUUGUCAUCAACGAGCCUAAGAAAUGUGAGAGCAACACGCCCUUCCUGGUCAUCCUGAUCAGCACCACACACAAAGAAUUCGAUGCCCGUCAGGCCAUCCGGGAGACCUGGGGAGAUGAGAGCACCUACAGCGACAUCCGCAUCAUCACCCUCUUCCUGCUGGGCCGCAACACGGACGCCGUCCUCAACCAGAUGGUGGAACAGGAGAGCCAGAUCUUCCACGACAUUGUGGUGGAGGACUUCAUAGACUCGUAUCACAACCUCACCCUCAAGACCCUGAUGGGCAUGCGCUGGGUGGCCACCUUCUGCUCCCAGGCCCAGUACGUCAUGAAGACGGACAGUGACAUUUUCGUCAACAUGGACAAUCUGGUCUACAAGCUUCUGAAGCCCACCACCAAGCCCAAGAGGAGGUACUUCACGGGCUACGUCAUCAACGGCGGUCCCAUCAGAGACAUGCGCAGUAAGUGGUAUAUGCCCAGAGACCUGUACCCCGAGGCUAAGUACCCCCCCUUCUGCUCGGGCACAGGGUACGUGUUCUCAGUGGACGUGGCUGAGCUGAUCUAUAAGACCUCUCUGCACACCAGACUGCUCCACCUGGAGGACGUGUACGUGGGACUGUGUCUGAGGAAGCUGGGCAUCCACCCCUAUCAGAACAGUGGCUUCAAUCACUGGAAAAUGGCCUACAGCCUGUGUAGGUACCGUCGUGUUAUCACUGUCCACCAGAUUUCACCGGAAGAAAUGCACCGGAUCUGGAACGACAUGUCCAGCAAGAAACACCUCCGAUGCUAGCACCUGGGGACAACUUGGACCCUUCUUCUGUUUUGUUUUGUUUUUUUACCUCUCAACCUGGUGUUCUAACAAAGUUGUUUUCAUUUUCUGACAACAUUAGUUCUCUAUAGGCUACUAGUAUACUUCUACUGAAUCCAAUGUAGCUGUUGGGUGCAUGAGGCUUGUAAAGUGCAUGUUCUCAUUCAAACACACACUAAGAUAGUGUUGUUGCCAGUCAUUUUGUAAUCUCUGGUCUAGAGCUGUAGACUUCAACAACUCAUUUCGAUGAACAUUUACUCUGUACAUUUACAAGUGAAACCAGAGAGGUAUUACUGAAAGACAAAAUGAUGUAUAUGUCAGUGCAAGUGUCUAUCUACUUUCUGCCAAGUUCUCAUGCUGUUUUGGGGAUGGUACUUCCUUACAGCAGGAGAAAGCCUCCCCCACACCAUGUCUCAUCCCUCCUACCAGGCUUAUGGAUGGCCAACAGUUGUAGGCUACACCAUAGUAAAUACACAUUGAAAUAGAAACUAAUGCUGCAACAAUGAAAACAACAAUAUCUAUAUUCUGCAAAUGUAGAACAAGUUGGAAUGUUAAUUGUUCUUUUCUAUUGUUGCGAUUUAAUAAGAAAUGAAUACAUCUCUACUGGAUGUACUUUAUCACUAUUGGUAGUGAUGUUCACUAUUCACUAUUGUUCAAAACUACAUGUGUGGGUCAAACAGAUGUUAUAAAUGUGAUCCCCCCCCCCCCCCGGAUAUCUUUGUUUACAUAUUGGUGUAAAUGUAACUGCCUCUUCAUCUGGGAAGAGACAGGAAAAUGCUUUUUACAUUUAGAUGUCAUUGAUCAUUUCUACUCAAAUUAUUUUCUUACAGUGUACUUGAAGUAUUUCAUGGUGUCGUGCUACCUGCUUCUGAUAAAACUGGCUACUAUUACUGUACUCUACGUAGGUCGGAUUCACGACCACGACCAAGUAUCAACAGACGUUACAUAUCAUCUUGUGCACGUGGCAAUUUACAUAGUAACUUUUAUCUAAAUUCCCAAGUGAAUCUAUUAUAAUGUGUUAUUUGGCAUAUCUUUACUGAAUCACUGCUAUAGAAAUAAUGGGAAAUAAUUCAAUUUUCUGGAACUUGGGAUAGCUGUUAUGGCCCAAAUGUCAUUUUCAAAUGUUUAUUAUUAUUUUUGAAGUAUUUAGUAUUAUAAGCUAUUGUGACAUUUGACUGUGAAAGUAUAAAGAUAUAUCCUGAAGGAGGUUGUUGUGAUAUAAAGUAUGUUUUUUUUACAUAAAAAAAUAUUCAUACUUGAAAAGUAAUGAAA